AAGUGUCGCAGCUCUUUAAAAGAUGGAUAUAUGUAAUAUAUUGACAAACAGAUCUUUGAUGAUCUUUGAGAGCACGCGAUUCCAACUGAAAUGAGAUUGGGAACAGAGACAGAAUGAGCGACUACAAUUAAUUAAAAUCUAGUAUUUAAAAUGUUGCACGAGAUCUUAUUGUCACUUUGGGGAUGCUCGACCAGUGUAUCGCAAAUAAUACAGACAGAUUCUGUAGAUCUCGACAAAUACUUACAUCCCGGAGAACGAGCGCUGCUCGGCAGGAUAUUGGACAUUGUGAAGGAGUGCAACGUCGUGCGAGACUUCAUACACGCAGUGAGCAGCGAGGAUGCGAAAGAAUGCGUGGCUCCCGGUUUGUAUAUACGCGCUCUGUGCGAUGGAAUGGAUCAAGCGCUGGAGCCGUUUCGCGAAGAAAUCAUCGAAUUGGAGAAUACGGUCUUGAACGACCGCUACACCCCGCUGUCGUUGAUUCUCUGCAGCGUUGAAAAGUACACCUGUCUGUUUUCCGUACUGAAUUCCAUCAUUCGUGAGGUGAUUAUACGCUUCUCCAAGAAAGAGAUUUUAUAUCGGCUAGUUUUCGCUCCG